CUCCGGGUACCUCUGCCCUGGUCAUAGCCACAUCCUGUCGGCCGUUUUUCUCAAAGACUCUGGGAGGCACGCUCACAAGAACGUCGACUCUCUCUACAUACCCUGUGAUUCAAGAAUUGACAUCCGUAUGCCCUUACAAAACCCAAGGAAGCUUCUCCGACCUACAGCCACGGCCCGCGGAAAGAUGACCACUCUUCGCUACUCCACCUCUGAAUUGCCUUUCACUACACAAUCUACGGUGUAGCAGCUCAACCCGUUUAUAGCCGGUCGUGGUUGAAGGUUUUGAUUGGGCUCAGACCUUACCAGUGAACUGUGCUGGAAGGUUGAGUUUUGUCGAGGCCUUCGAUGUUCAUAAGUGACGAUGUUCACAAGUGACGACGAUGCUUAAAGGAGCGCUCGCAGGCAAAGGGAGGCUCGUAGUCCUCAAAUCCCAAUAACUUGAGCUCAAAUGGCUUUUGAAUCAUCGGCUGACAUUUUAUUGCGGGGACCUCCCGAACGGCUGGGUCUUAGAAUGAGAGGCGCGUAUCGACUAUCCAGAGUCCUACGUGCUUCCUCUGUCACAAGAUCAAGCGCGAGGUCUACCGAUUCUAUCGGCUUCUCUACGGACGACAGCAAUCUAACCUCUGUAAUUCUUUCACACAUUACCCCGCUACAGUCUCACCUCUCAUGUCCUGGUCUGUUUUACUGCCACAACACAGGGACACAAGCCAGCACCGAACGCCUUAUGCUGGACUCGUUGGGACCUUUCACGAACUACGGAUGCGCAGCUUCGAGGUCUCGUAGCCGACUUGGAUGUUAUUGGGUUGCCGCUCGAGCUAUUGAAGGACUUGACAAGGAGAUUGCUGUUCCACAAGCAGUGAUCAAGGACGUUGUGGACUCGUGUCAUUCGGAUAUGAUGUACAUCCAUAAGUUGCGUCGGCCUUGUCGGAAAUUUCCCAGGCACCUGAUAAGGCUCUGGCCUUGCAAUGUUGAUCGCCGACAUAAUCAGGCCUUGCCAAAGUGA